AUGGAUUUCUCCUCCCUCAGCAGCGCCGAGCAGGUGCAUAUGAACAAAGUCAUAGAAAAAAAGCAGAUGCAAGACUUUCUCCGAAUGUACGCCAACAUCGUAGAGCGAUGUUUCAACACAUGCUGCAAUGACUUUACCAGCAAAGCUCUAUCGUCGAAAGAGGACCAAUGUGUGACGAACUGUACGGAAAAGUUUCUCAAACACGCCGAGAGGGUGGGAACGCGUUUCGCAGAGCUGAACGCCGGUGCGUCAUUAGGCCAUUUUCCUACUGUACACCGUGCUCAGGAGAACCUGUUUCCAGAAGCAAUGAGUGCCGCGCAAAACCAAAGCUCGUCAUAA